GGGCCAGGGCGGAGGGAGAACAGGGCCCACAGAAGCUGCGCUGCCGCUGCUCUGCCACUCACCGUGCCCCUGCUCUGUCUGGCCCUUGCCACCCCCCGCCACGUCUGACCGCUCGCCACCCCCACCUGCUCCACAUCCGGCUGCUCCCACCCCCCGGGGGUACACUUUUUAAAAAGGGGGCUGCCGGGGGUACACUUACUAAAAGAAAGGUUGAAAACUACUGGCUUAAAGUCUCUAUAUAUCUGCUAUUGGCUGUUGGAUUUAAUAAAGACAUUUUAGCUGAGUUCCUGACAUACUCAAUCAAACUCUAACACAACAUGCAGUGUUGUUCUGGCUUUUGAAGACUUUGCCCAGAAACCUCUGCUUUUUUAUUAAUUGCUGAUCAUUUUACAGCUUUUAGAGAAAAAGGAAAUUAGUUAAGCUCUUUCUGAGUAGUAAGAUACUCUUAUGUUUAUUAAAAGCUUAAUGAAAUUUGGGACAAUAACCAAAUAAUACCUUUAAAAUAUUUUUUAAAAGUUAUGAUUUUAUAUUAGGGGCGCACCGUGUCGCUGGGUUUCUUAAUCCGCUCCCUCUCUCUGCUCGCCCCUCUUUCCAACCAGACCUUUCCUAGCAAACUUCCUUGUAAACUGGCCUCUGUGCUGCCCCUUGGUCCCAAAAGCUUCCCUUUCCCCUGCUAACCCGCUUCCUCUCUCUAAGUUUACGGUGAAGGAAGGUGAGGGAGAGUUUCCAGAUAAAUUACCUAGCAAACGCCGCCUCCAACUUCCCUCUCACUCUGGACUCCAGUUAAGCAAGGAGCACAAGAACUGGUCUAAUUGCUGUGUAUUAGCGACUUACACUAAAUAGAUGUAGAUUAGGUACUCUCAAUUAAAGCAAGGUCUUACAUUAAAGGCUCCCCUUUAAAGAACGGGGGGCAAACUGACCUGUGAACUAACUUUAAAAAAACAUAAUAUUUCUAUAUAUAAAUAGAUACAUAUCUAUAUAACUGUACCUCUAACACAGUGGUUCCCGAACUGUAGGUCACAACCCCAAAUGGGAUUGAAAAAUCAGCGGGAUGGGGUGGCAGGGGUGGGGGGCUAUGGGUGGGGAGCGAAGGGUCAUGCUGAGGAAUGGGGCCAUAAAUGGGGUCAUGCUGAGGAAAAGUUUGGGAGGCACUGCUCUGACAGCCUGCCUUGUGACUGCCAUGGUUCGCUUGACAGUCCAAACCACACUUGUACAGUUACACCGCUCUUAGUCUUGUUACAAAGACUGUACUGUGCAGUGUGCACACCCGUCACCGUCACAUUGAAACCUGCAAACUGACUUAUGAACUGUUUGCAAACUGCCCCGUUUGCUGCCCCUGGUCACGCAGAGCCUCCUUUUCUCCCCUCCUGGGCCUUGUUAAGACUUUUGUCAGACAGAGGUAGCAGUCCCCCAGCUUGCAGCACUCCCAGCUCCUUAGAGCACGUGCCCAGACGAACAGGCAGCCCCAGCUCACUUUCCUUCCAGGGGUUCGGGUCAGGUGCCUGGCUCCUCUUCCCUUGUCUCCUUUGCCCUGUUUGCUGCCCGUUCACCUUGUUUCUCUCUACUGAGCCUUUCAAUGUACCUCAGUCUAACGUUUAUCUUUAAAUUCUCUUUUAUUUAGAGCCCUUGCUUUCUGUAAGUGCCUUCGUUGCAUCCCAAGACAAAAGCUGCUGCGUCGUUCAACCAGGUAGUCUCCAGCGUGCCACCCUGCCCAGAUUUAUUCCAAGGAAGGAGUAGUGGAUGUGAUCUCUGCGAAAAGAAAGCUUGUCUGGUAAAGAGCACUUUUCCUCUUUCAGUAGCUUUUGACAUUAAAGCAAAGAACUCUCAAUACCAUAUUUUAUGUACUUUUGAAAAAUGGGCUGUUUACUUCGUUCUGUCUGUGCGGGAUAUGCAGAUUGAGGACUGUACUGUGUCAUACACAGACAUCUGCGACCCUGGGUAGAGUAUGUAAUGCUGUAAACGUUACAGUCCACGUGCUUGCACAGAGCAUUGCAUAGAAACUAGAAGAGUUUGUGCCAGAGCCAGGGGCACAGGAGUGGCUUUUUAAGAACUGUCCUUAUGUCUGUUUCUUUUAGUUUGUAGAGGUUAAAACUUUCUGAAACAUUAUGCAAAGCUGAGGUAUUGCACCCCUGCCUAAUACAGUAUGUAAAUAUUCUCAUUAAAUUUGGGGGGCAUAUUUCACCAUUUUGACAUAUAGCAGUGCUAUAGAGGGGCAUCACAAGGAGCAAUCUAUAUCUGCAGCCGUGAUGAGGCAGUUAUAUUUCAGACAUAACAUCAUUCUUUGUAAAAAUGGUCCUCACUCUCUCUAGGCUAAAACAUCACGGCCACCUGUGAAGUUUGUUAUGCUACAGUCAAAACUGCAGUUGAAAGGCAUUUCUUCUUUCCUUUUAUUUUUGUUAACUUACGGAGGAGGAAAUAAUUUCAGCUCACUUUAGGAAUCGGUCCCGUUCCUUUGCACCUGUUUUUCCUAAAUUAGUCCUUGGAACAAUACCGGCUCAAUUAUAGUGAAGUAAUAUCAUGCAUUUUGAGCUUGUGGAAUCCACAGACCGUGUAAUUCUCUGCAUUUCCUCCCCCUUCUUUGCAUCCCACUUUUUGACAGUGUCAUUCUGCUGGAGCUAUGCUGGAAAACCUUGCAAGCUUGCGUGUGCGUGUGUGUGCGUGUGUGUGUCCACACAUGCUGCGUGGAAAAUCCUACACUUUGUUUAGUCUGCAGAACCUCUUCUGUUAGCUAAUGCUCCAGGCUCCUCAAAGGUGCAGUGAGAGAGGAGCACUAGGAAGUACCUAAGGCAGAAAGCAAACAAGGGCUUUAUCACUGAUCUUUAACUCCUAUCAAAAGGGGAGUGAGGGAGAAGUCAUUUAAACAUGAGGCUUGAAUGAAAACUAGCAUGGAUUAGUCACAGUUGUCCCAGGAGUCCUGUUAUCUCAGUUCACAGGUACUUAUGGUAGGGAGUGGGGUACUUUACCUCUAGGGUCCCCAAAUGAAAGACUCUUGAGGGAGCCAAGAGGGGGAGGAAGAGUCCUGGGUCUGUUUUUAGCCAAAGGGAAUUACCCUUGAGGCAUGGCAGGAGUAGUGUGUGUCUCCCUGUCUUUUCCCAGUGGGUGAGCUCCCGGGCAGUUCAUGCAUGGAGGAAGGAUGACUCUGUAGCCUGUUCCCCACAGGUAAACUGCAACAAAUUGAACUGAUUUGGAGAAACAAGUGGGUUACGUCUGAGCAGCUUCCUUGUUUGGUAGUCAGUUGGCUGAAGAGCGGUUGAUGCUGAUGUUACUUAAUACUAGAUUUACCCUUCUGUGGCCCCUGGCAGAGAGAUCGGGGCGUUCAUCCUCCACUUUGCACAGACUGGACGGAACAACCUGGCUCCCAUCUUAGUUUUGAAGAACUUCAUUGCUGAAAAAUCAAAUGUGCACGUGUUCCCUAAGGAACGUAUCCGUUCAAAGGCAUGAAAGAUAAACGUAUAUUGUUACGUGCAAAUGCUUUGCACAAGUACAUUUGCUGGAUGCAUUUGGUAUGUUCUUCAAGCAAGUAGUGUCGUUAGCUGUUAAAUUCUUGACUCCUCUGUUAGGCUUGGGACAGAAAUUACACACAAGCUGGUCAAAGAGAUUGGAAACAGGUUCAGAUCUGGAACACAACAGAAGGAUGGUGCACAUAAGCCACUUUCAAGAUUGCCGAAACAGGUUUAAGAUAAGCCUGGAUGGAUGUAGUAUGAGACUGAACUGAUUUAGAUUCAAUUGCUUUAUUGUACUUCUGACCCAGACCCUCUCCAGAUUCAUAUUAACACAUAGUCCCCCAGCAUCCUGUCACAACCAAAUUAAGUACUGUCUAUGCCACAAGCAAGAAAUAUAUUAAUCAAAACAGUUUUAGUCUAUACAAGGUAACUAAGGGUUAACUAACAAGAUGAAAAUAACAGGGUUUUUUUCUGCGCAUGUCAAAAAAAAAUUUAUUACUGCGCCACUAACAGAGAUAAAAACUUUUGCCUUCUUUGCUUUAUAUAAAUCAUUGUAAGUGGUCGGAAUGACAGGGGAGUGAGUGUCUGGGAGUGUUCCUAUGAUAACACCCUAGCGAAGACCACUAUACAAUUGGCGAUUCUAAUUAAAUUUAUGACGUGACAAAAAACAAUUGGCUAAUAUACAAAUAAAACCCAUCUUCACUUCCGUGAAGAAGGGGGGACCUCCGUACGAACCUUAGAGACCUCUGAUCACACGUAUCAGAGUAACUGACAACUUGAUCACUUGCCAGUGCCCCCCUCGCGUCUCGACCCAAUCUUAAGACGUAAAUCACCGACCUGCCGGCCCGAUUUUUUUUCCGUUUAUCUGCCCGACGGAAGACUUUCAUGCAGACCGACCUUCGAACCUUAAGCUGUAACUAACCAAAUAUCUCUGACCUCCGUCUGUCACCACCUUAACAGCGUGAGUAAAUAAUCUUGCCUUGCAACCGAUAAGCGUCUGUGCCUAAUUCCACUCCAAGCAUCAUAAGUACCCGCCUGACGGCCUUCAAAGGUCUCGUACCCUUCACUGCAGUGCACGGCAGUGACAUGGCGUCACGAACAGGAUAUGGGGUAGACGCAAUGGAGUUGGAACUAGUAAAGAACUGCCCAUGGCGCAGUGGGGACCGCCUGACAUCCGAUUCGGAUGAAUUAUGGGCACACAUUGCCUACCAUCAGGCAAGGGGAAUAGGACUGAAAGCGGUUACUGGACACUUCUCCCUAAGGGGUGAAGCAGGAGAAGGGAAAGAGUGGAGCGCUCAGCUCGAUGUGAGGGCCCUAGGGUGUGUUAUGAGCGCUAAAGGGGUUAUGUACAGACCCAGGGACGAAGCGGGAAUCAUAUCCCUACAUCGGGUGAAGGUGGUGACAGCGGCAAAAGUGCCGGCAGGGGUGGACCCAACCCCUGCCCAAGAGAUUGCCCGUUGCAUCUGCCACGUACGAGAGGGCGGGGAAGGAACACCCCCCGACAAGUUUAACUGUCCGACCAUGGUGCCCCAGUCCCCAGUCACAAACUCUUCACCCAGCUCCGUGAAAACUUGGAGACAGAGGGUUGCACCGCGACCAAAUGGGCAGGCCCCAAGUGGAAAAAAGAAAAAAUGAUUAAUGUUCUGUUCCGCGCAUUUGCUAACGCAACGCGCUAUAUUAAAAAUUUGAAUAGCCAACUUCUGACCCUGGGAAAAGUCACAGCUAAAAAUGCUGCUGCGCAGGAAUCGCCUACACCAUCGCCCCAAUAUGGCGCCAGCGAAAAACUCAGCUUCUUCAAAGAAUCGGAGAAGAAGGGCGGAGCUUCAGAAAAGGACGCGGAGGACAGAGUUGUGGGAGGUCCACAACUACCUCAUUCUCUACGGGAGUACAACGGGGCAGACCCAACGGCUCCGACCCCGGAACAUCAGCUACCGCCUCCCUAUGACGAAGAAAAAAAACCCUCCAAGUUAAUAUAUCCCCCCUCCCUACCAACGGAGAAUCCGCCCCCACCGAUGAAGUCUUCGCCGACUUCCAUGAAAACGGCCUUCCCUAUCGUUGUUACAAAAUACACAACGGAUCCACAAGGCGUAACUCACGCUACUUCCACCUACCGCACCCAUAACCGAACAGAGAUACAAGAUAUUUUUCAGCUAUCCGAAUUUAAACCAGGAGAAACCCUGGCGAUUUGGCUUGGCCGACUGGUAGUUGAAUUUGGCUCAGAAUUACUGGACAUGGAAGAGGCCAGCUUCCUCAUCCGUCAAGCUGCAUGGAGUGGAGGACACGCCACCGACCGCGGCCCAAUCAUGAAAAACCAACACUGGGCCAUACCACUCCCUGUGCUUCUAGCCCGCCAAAUCGUGAACAAGUCCCACCUGUGGCACAACGACCGCCCAGAAAUAACAUCGGCAAAACAACUUUUAUUAGCAACAAUAGGAACCUCGUACUACACAUGGGAUGGGGGGCCCACAGCCGACGGGUAUUCAACACAACAGGUUCGGCUUGACAGAGCAACAGGCCGCUGGGCCGUGGCCACAUCGAUUCCUAACGCAACCCGGAAUGGUUCCAAUCACCCCUAAAGCCUUGGAAGCUUGCAUAGACAUCUAUGGGGGAUCUCAUGCCAUCACUCUUUGCCUCCUCCUUACCCCGCAAAUAGACGGACGGGCCGGAAACAUCCUCAGUCAAUUGGGCCGUAUCCAAACCCUCAUAAAGCCAACAGCGAUAACUCAAGGUGUCAAUUGUGCUACAAAACCGGACCCAUUGUCAGUGUACCCCAUAAAACAACCUGAAGUGAACAGACCACCCUACAAAGGCUCACCACCAGUCCCAGGACGGACCCCUAAAGAAAAGGCCAUGUUUUGGUUCCUGAUAAAAGAGUCCGGGCUUACCAAACAACAAUUACGCGCCCUGAGGGACGAUGGGCAAAAGGCCCUAGCAGAAAAGUUGGGAUUCAAUUACACCCAAAAGCCAAAAAACGGGUAGUGGCCGCCGGGCGAGCCGGCGGCCCUACAAAAAAGCCUGACCCUUCGGAUCCUCGCCCAUAUACCAGCCUUAUUAUCGUUCACCCCGAUAAUCCCUCGAUACAACGAAAGAUUUCUUGUCUCCUCGACACGGGAACACAAAUUAACGUCGUAGCACCUGCGACACCUCAUAAAAAGACUUUGAAAACCAUCAUGGUACAAGGGCUAAAUGCUAUAUCAACUGCUAAAAAAGUCAAAUUUUGGAUACACAAUCACAAAAAACCCCUUAAAGAAGUUCUAGGGGGCAUGAACAUCUUGGGCGUACCAGGCAUUAAGACACUCCAGUUAAAAAACUUAAUAUUUCAAGCUCUUCCAUUCUUUAUUGCUGAGCCCGACCGACACCAACCUACGCUUCAUAACACAUCUACAUGGCGUUAUAAACCAAUCCUGACCAAACAACGUCUUCGGGAAGCCCUUGUCACCCUGUUACAGAGGCUCGAACAACAGGGAUAUAUAACACCGAUAGCGGCCAGUACCCACCUAUCACCAGGGUGGGGAAUCGCAAAGCCCGAAAAACCCAACGAAGUCCGACUUAUAGUGGAUUUCCGCGAGGCGAAUAAACGGUGUCUCCCACUUACGCAACCCAAUGCUUUUACGCUACCCCAGUGUUUAUAUAAAAUGGCGAGGUUUCAAGGGGGCAAGUAAGACGGGACGACCCUUGACCUCAAGGACAUGUUUUUCUCCAUCCCAAUUAUUGACAACAGCGGAAUCUUAAACAUGUGCGUCGAAGAUAUGAUAUACCGAUGGACGGUAUGCCCGCAAGGAUAUCGCAACUCUCCUGCAUCGGCCACAGGCGCAAUGAAUGACACACUUAAAGACUUUCGCGCUUCCUAUCCUUUGCCAGCGAAAAAACAACUCAAAAUUUAGAGUUAUGUUGACGACCUUGCCAUUAUGGGUCGUGACCAGCAAGUUGUUGCUGAGGUCACCCGCCGUCUAGUCGACCAUCUCCAUGCUAAGGGCUGGACGGUUAAUUUAAAAAAAAUCAAACUUACAACCCACGAUAAAUAUUACAUUCCUAGGUACCAGAUUUACCGGCGCAACUAGAUCCGGUGUCACACACGACAAAACCCCGGAGCUCGGUACACUUAAAGAUCCAUUACCAAUGCACAAAAAGCAAUUUCAACGGCUCUUGGGACAUCUCAAUUGAUAUCAACAUUACAUCACUCCGCGUUACCUUCCGCUAUUGGCGAGACUCCAGCGUCAGACCCGCGACAAAUUGCGGAAAGCCACACCUUGGACGGACAAAGACAGAAAGGAUCUUCAUAAUCUUCUCCACGCUGUGAAACACACGCCACUUCAAGCACUUAACCUCACCGAGACAUUAAUAAUUACUUUGGGAUAUACUGCCAGUCAUGUAUGGGCCACUGCCCAUAACCCCCAAAACGAACUGGUGUAUGCCUCACACAAAGCUCUCCAGACAACACAACAUCGCUACGGAGCCUUUACAAAAAUUCUGUUGACAGAAAGACUCGUCACAUUACUAUCCCAGGGACAUGAAACGCUUCGAACACCAGCUGCUACUCUCUUACCUUUGCUAAACGCCACAAAGGUUGACUCACAGUUCCAAGGAGAACCGGAUACUUGGAACAAAAUGGUAUUACAUUACCACUAUCAUUGGUGUUGUUAAAAGUGCGAAGACUUGCCACCCGGUCCCGAUACACAAGAUGACGCAACGCUCACUCUCUAUGAGACCAUAGCCCCAGCCUAGGUGGCCUCCGAUGACACCACUCGAAAUGGACGGGGCUACGGGUUCUACUACAAACCGUGCCAUGAUGUGGGAUUACACAGAGCCCCGGAAGGGGCUACAGCCCCAAAAAAUGAACUCUUAGGUUUUAAAGUUGUCAUCCGCCACUGUCUUCAACAUCACGACGGAACACUUCCGACUCCCAUCAUAGCUAUUGAUUCCCAAUAUGUCUACAAAAUUGUUACUGGCACAGCGACUGCGGCGGAAAACCUAGAGGAUUGAAAAAAAAUCUGGGACCUGUUAUCCCAAUUUAUUGUUCUACCGCUCGUAAAACACACCAAGUCGCAUAAACUUAAAACUGAUCCAGUACAUAAAAUCAUCGACAAGCUUCUAAAAGACCCUCUCUGGAGUGAUGUUGUCUUAGUUGCUAAAGCAAACGACCCCAAACCACAGUUCGAUCCGUUCCUUACGUGGCUACAUGAACACUGGGGACACCCAGGACCAAGGGCUAGCCACCUCCCAGAUGACUCUACAAAACCGCUUAACAUUAGACGCCAUUCUUCUUCAACAAGGUGGACUUUGUCAAUACCUUAACCUUUCUCAUAACCAUUGUUAUAUUGCCAUUCCCAGUGUAUCUCUCCCUCUAUCUCUACAAGUUGACAAAAUAAAAAAAAAUUACAAAAAACGUCAACCGACUUUCGGGUAUAGGUCAAGGUUGGCUAUCAGACCUCUUCCGUUGGUUUAGAUGGGACACAUCAUCAUGGUUUCUCAACUUGUUAAUGCCCCUCAUUACGCUGUUGUUACCGAUUGCUGUGUUUAUAUGUUUUGGUUAUUGGAUUUUACAAUAUCUCAAAACAAAGCUAGCCACGCUUUCUGCUUUUAUAUACACCCGCUUGCCAAACACUAACAAUGGUGAACAAAAUGGUCUAUACAUAAAUAUGAUGUAACUUGCUGUGCCAUGGGCAAGGGGGCAUGUCACAACCAAAUUAAGUACUGCCCAUGCCACAAGCAAGAAAUAUAUUAAUCAAAACGGUUUUAGUCUAUACAAGGUAACUAAGGGUUAACUAACAAGAUGAAAAUAACAGGUUUUUUUUCUGCGCAUGUCAAAAAAAAAUUUAUUACUGCGCCACUAACAGAGAUAAAAACUUUUGCCUUCUUUGCUUUAUAUAAAUCAUUGUAAGUGGUCGGAAUGACAGGGGAGUGAGUGUCUGGGAGUGUUCCUAUGAUAACACCCUAGCGAAGACCACUAUACAAUUGGCGAUUCUAAUUAAAUUUAUGACGUGACAAAAAACAAUUGGCUAAUAUACAAAUAAAACCCAUCUUCACUUCCGUGAAGAAGGGGGGACCUCCGUACGAACCUUAGAGACCUCUGAUCACACGUAUCAGAGUAACUGACAACUUGAUCACUUGCCAGUGCCCCCCUCGCGUCUCGACCCAAUCUUAAGACGUAAAUCACCGACCUGCCGGCCCGAUUUUUUUUCCGUUUAUCUGCCCGACGGAAGACUUUCAUGCAGACUGACCUUCGAACCUUAAGCUGUAACUAACCAAAUAUCUCUGACCUCCGUCUUUCACCACCUUAACGGCGUGAGUAAAUAAUCUUCCUUUACAACCGAUAAGCGUCUAUGCCUAAUUCCACUCCAAGCGUCAUAAAUACCCGCCUGACGGCCUUCAAAGGUCUCAUACCCUUCACUGCAGUGCACGGCAGUGACACAUCCCUGGACCUCUGCCAGCCUGCAAGGGAAAAGCCACCUUUGCCCACGUUUUCCUCCAUUAAAAGACAAUCCACUUUAAAAGUUUCUUGAUCCAUUUUUAAAGUUUGUUCGUGACCCUUUCAUAGGUACUUGUGACCCCCUUUUGGGACACAACCCGCGAACUGAGAACCGCUGCGGUAGAGCAGCAGGGUCGGUCGCGGAGCGCGCUGCUGCGGAGCAGAGGGGCAGUGCCGCUCAACCCUGUGAGACGGAUCCCACGUACCAGAUCAGACCUCUUUGUGGGCCAGAUUAAGCCUGUGGGCUGGAGAUUGCCACCCCCUCUUAUAGCUCCUUUUCAGCUGGGGCUUUGUAGAUGCUCCUGUUACCUUGUUUCUACAUCGAAAGACUCGUGCUACACGGCAGGGUAGGCUUUCACCUCGUAGACUAAGUCAGUCAGAGGUGCGUAAGCUUUUGUAAGCGAGCUCGCUUCAUACCCCUUUCUUUUUCCUCCCUUCCCUACCCUUUGUUUUCCAGUAACUGCUCUCUGUUUAGAACCGCUGCUUCCUGAAACGUCUGGUUUGACAACAGAGCCGUCCAAUUUCUGAGUGGCUGGGGCUGCAGCCCCCCUAUCCGCAUGCUGUAGGGGCUGCAUGCCCACCAGAGCCGCCUCCUGCACGAGCUGAAAGGGGUCUGCAGGACCUCCCCAGCCACAGACUCCCUUGCACCAGGACUGUGCCGCCCUGCCUUGGCCCUAGUGCACAAGGGGUGGCGGGGGGAAGUGGGCACGCAGGAAGCAGAUGCUGGGCUAGGGAAGGGGAUUUUGGUGGCAGCAGCGAAGCGAUGGGGCAAGCAGACUUGGGACUGGGAGUUUGGGAGCUGCACGCAGCCCACAGGCCGCCAGUUGGAUGGCCGUAACUAGUUGGCUUUCUGUGGUGUACUCUCCUUAUGUGCUGUCCCUAUAUUCAUUUCAGUUCUCGUUGAGUUUUCCUUUUCUUACUCCUUUUUCGAAACAUCUCCCAGGUUGAUCCUGACGGUAAAACAAGCGUACCCGUUAAGAUGACUGCGGGGAAAGUAUCCUGUUUUCAUCUACGCAGCCUGUGUGACGACAACAUCCACGGCUUUCUGGCAUCCUAAAGCCCACGAUUUCUGCUGUGACAGAGGAUUUCCGUUGUGACAGAGCUGUUCGCAGGGGGUCACCAAGCAGGCUGCCCCUGACACCCCCCUCAGCUGCACGCUGCUGACCGCACUCUCCAUCCAAGCGCAGGCAGAGGGACCGCUUUCCUCCGGGCAGCCAGCCACCCUGUCCUUCUCGGACAAGUAGUAGCCUGCCUGCCAGACUGCUGGGGGCCCCUGCCCGGCACCAGCCCCCCCAGAUGUCUCUGAAGAAGCGACGAGAUCUACUUUUUGACAGCAGCAAGUUCUCCCCGAGGGGAGGUGCUCCGCUCCUGGAGGCACUGCAAUACCAGGCCGAUGCGUGGAGUGGAUGGAGCAAGCUCCGAGUCCAUCUCCCAGUUCCAAAAAUCCAUUUAAUAUAAAGUCCUCACAUCGAGGACAUAUCAGAUAUUAAACUGAUAAGAACAGAUUUUUUUUUGAUUUUUUUUUUAUUAUAUACAUUAAAAUCAUACCUCGUUCACCACCACCACCAAAAUGUUCUCUUUUCCCGGUUCGGAGCUCUAAAUAACACCAUUCACGUCAUAGUAUAACAAAACUUUCCUGUACAAAACAGAAAACCGCUUCCCCCUUUGUUACAGAUUCAAACUACAAAGCGUUUCAGCUCUCUCUUAAAUAUCAACACUUAACAUAAAAUAACAUAACAUAACAUACAUCAAAACAGUUGUUUCUCUUCACCGUUCCCUCCCCCUUCCUUCCCUCUUACUCAAACAAUUUCUUCCAAUCAGUACCUUCCCACUCCCCUUCUCCUUUCCGUCGAUAGUACCCCAACUCUGCGUACGCCAAAGAAACACAUUCCCGUGACGUAAAAUAAAGCCCCUUCUGGACCAAUGAACAUCUCGUUUUCCCACACUGCCAUCCGUGUACACAACAGCAAAACCCGAAUCUCCCAUUCCCACACUUUACGCCUCGCCAGACCGUACACCGCUCCCUCGUACCUCACACAAUCCCCCCACCCUAUCUCUUUACAAAACCUCGCCACUCUCUGCCAAACCUUCCGUGCAUAUGAGCGUUCCCAUAACACGUGGAACACCGUUUCCUCCCUGCUGCAUAGUUCCCUCGGACACUCCCCUGACCUUACCAACCCCCAUUUCCGCUGCUCUGCCCUCACCGGUAGCGCCUUCCUGACCUGGGUCCCGACAUCGUGGGGGGUGCGUCAGGGUUCGUCGCCGUCUCGGGUUCGCUGGUUCCACCCUCCUGGGAGGGUCCUCCGAGAUCCGUAGUCGGCGGUCCACCUAGCUGGGGUCUCCUGACGUGCCUCGAACGUUCUUGCCAGUGGAUCGGGGCGUCCUUGGGACCUGGGGGUGUUGACCCACGUUCCGUCCUCCUUAUUGGGUCUGGUGAACCGUGAGACCCUUUGGCUACUCACCUGAGCGGCACGGUUGCUUGCGCAACCGGCGCUCGUUCGGACGUACUGGCGGCACCGCCUUCCCUAGCCCGUCAUGACUGACGAGACCCCUCGCUGCAGCGGAGGAAGGAAAAGCAAGCUGCUAGUCAGCUCACUUUUUGCUGCUCUUAUUCCGGCAGUCUGCCGGCCUGGGUUGGCGCUGGUCCUGGAGAAAGUGCAACAGCAGGCCAAGCGCGGGGGAAAAAAGAAGCGGUUCUCCGUGUUUUCAGCGAUUAAACAGGGUGUCUUGCCCUUUUUUACAGGAGCGGCGUGUUGGAAGGAGCGGCGUGUCUGAAGUCCACCUGCACGCUGGACUGCCGAGGGCCCUGCGCAGCACAAGCCCCACCCCCCAAGCAGCUCCCUGGGAAACGGUGAGUUCUGCUUUUUGACACAGGGGUGCGCCGCUCCUGGAGGCACUGCAAUACCAGGAGCUUCAGUUGUGGUUGAACACCCUUAAUCACCGAGUGGGAACCCCGCUAAUUGUACCUGAACAGGAGCACCACAACACAGACACGCUGCUCCUUCAGAAGCCGCUUGCCCUGCUUGCCCUGAAGCUGCUGGCCUGGCCUGGCCUGGCCUGGCCUGCUGCGUGAACGAGCCGAGACCGGUUCCAGUACGGCCAGACGUGGCCCAUUUUAACACGCCUUCCAAAAGACAGAACUCGCCGCCGCGUGCUGUGCAGGGCCCUCGGCAGUGCAGCGUGCAGGCGCGCUUCAGACACGCUGCUCCUUUAAAAAAGGGCCAGACACCCGGUGGAAGACUGCCUGCGCCUGCGCCAGGGGAGCAACAAAAAGCCUGCGCUGGCAGGCAGUCUUUCAAACACCCUGAAUUGUUGCCUGUGAAGGAGUCGAGGACAAUUUAAAUGGAGCCAAGCCUUUUCAGUUCUGGGUGUGGAGCCUCUCAGUUGUUCACAGCUAGUUCACACCCAACCACGAGAACAAUGCUUUUGCAUAUGGCCACCAGCCACGAGGCGCCAGGCAAGCUGUUGUAGGUGGCAGUCUUGAACAGGAGCCUUGGGCCGGGAGACGGGGCUUGUGCGUCUCCCCUGCUCACGGGGGGCGCUCCUCCCACCGCACCGUCCAUCUCCCCCUGCUCCAACGCCACGCGACGGCAAAACGAUGCAUGCACUCACCACGUAGGUGGUGUGUAGCGCGUCGUGCUCCAGAAGCCUCGCCUUGGUGUUGUGGCGGCCUCUGGCUCUUCCCAGGCCUUCCAGCUUUCAGUUCUGGCUCGCAUCUGACCUCUGAGAUGUCCCGUACCGUACCGUACGGCCUGUGUUCAGUUUGGUUCGUUUUCUUCAUAACAGUGUGACGACAACAGCCACGGCUUUCCGGCAUCCUAAAGCCCACGAUUUCUGCUGUGACAGAGGAUUUCCGCUGUGACAGAGCUGUUCGCAGGGGGUCACCAAGCAGGCUGCCCCUGACACCCCCCUCAGCUGCACGCUGCUGACCACGCUCUCCAUCCAGGUGCAGGCAGAGGGACCGCUUUCCUCCAGACAGCCAGCCACCCUGUCCUCUUGAAGGCUUCAGCCAAGUAGUAGCCUGCCUGCCAGACUGCUGGAGGCUCCUGCCUGGCACCAGCCCCCCCAGAUGUCUCUGAAGAAGCGACGAGAUCUACUUUUUGACAGCAGCAAGUUCUCCCCGAGGGGAGGUGCACCGCUCCUGGAGGCACUGCAAUACCAGGCCGAUGCGUGGAGUGGAUGGAGCAAGCUCCGAGUCCAUCUCCCAGUUCCAAAAAUCCAUUUAAUAUAAAGUCCUCACAUCGAGGACAUAUCAGAUAUUAAACUGAUAAGAACAGAUACUACACUUGAUCUUAGCCAAAAGGCCGAGAAGCGAUACCGUGAGCCCCUCGGAAACCUCGGGGCCCCCACGGGCAGCCCCCCCAAGCACACCGCAAGCUGCCACGGAGGCCCCUCCGCUCACAGUCGUCACCUGAAGCUUCUGGCACCAGAAACCCACACGGAAAAGUCCUUCCGCAAUCUCUCGUGCCCAACAGGUCCAAAGCACCCCCCCCACCCCUCCCACGUAGCCCAAUGGCGCCCCCAUUCAUGCCCUCUCAACACUGCCCUGCCUCUCGCCUCAUCCUCGCUGGCCAUGAGAGGAGAGAUGAUUUGCUCAAAGCCAGAGCGAGCGCGAUGACGACAGCAUCUCGCGGGGCGUUCCUCCAGCCCUGCUCUCCCCGCCAGCAGCAGCACAGCAACAGCAACAGCAACAGCAGCAGCAGCAGCAAGCCCCUGAGCAGAGACGGGUACACUGGGAGCCCUUGUCAAAGGGGCGGGGAUCAAAAGGGCAGCUGCUGAUCCCUGAGGGGGAACGGGCUCUAAUCCCCGAGGGGCAAUGCGCUUCACUGGUUGGUGCCACCGUGCUUAGUGGCAGAGCGGGAAUGUACUUCAGUUGUGCUUGAACACUGUUAAUCACUGAG